UUUCACUUUCACCUUAUUUUAUUUUCACCGUAGCUCUUUUACAUAUUUUUUUGUAUAAGCUACAAAUUACACCAGGCACUUAAUCAAAUACUAUUAUAUUUACAAAAUGAUGAAAAUCUGGAGUUUGAAGGCCAAAGAGGCCGCAGCCGAGAAAAAGAAGCCAAAGAUAAGCGCAGCACAAAUCCGUGUUCAGAAAGAUUUAUCUGAAUUGGCGAUUCCAAAGACUAUAAAAAUGGAAUUUCCUGAUCCAGAAGACAUUCUCAACUUUAACGUCAUAAUCACACCUGAUGAAGGCUUUUACAAGGACGGAAAUUUCUCUUUCACAUUUGCAAUUAACAAUAACUAUCCUCAUGAACCACCAAAGGUUCACUGCACUCAAAAGAUCUAUCACCCCAAUCUUGACCUUCAAGGAAAUGUGUGCCUGAACAUUCUUCGUGAAGACUGGAAGCCUGUACUCUCACUUCACUCUGUAUUGGUUGGACUUCAGUACCUGUUCCUGGAACCCAACGCAGAUGACCCCUUGAACAAAGAGGCUGCAGAGGAUUUCAGAGCUAAUAGACAUGUGUUUGAGAACAACGUAAGGAAGACGCUUCAGGGUGGCUGGUUAAACGGCGUUACAUACGACAACGUUAUGGCAUAAAAGGGAAAAAAAUGGAAAACAAACCCAAAACAAAACAAAAGAAGAUUAUUAAAAAAAAUCAACAUUAAUAAAUAUUGUGUCAGUUCCUCUAUAUAUUC